CAAUCUUAUAUUUUAUUAUUUGUUACGAGCAACCUCUAACUUUCACAUCUAUUUUAUUGUAUGAUUGCAUUACUUGGUAUAUUUUCUCUAAUUCUCGUAUAGGCCAUGUCCGAGCCCGAUGAGCGGUUAAAACUUGUAUUGGAACCAUCCAUCAUUCAGACAGCGUUGAGCAACUCGUUCUACUCCUACAAGUGCUGGCCACUUCUUCAACUUUCCAAAUUACAAUUACUUAAUCUACCUCUGAGUAGACUUCUUUGCCGGGGUAAAGGCAUCAUAUCCGAAGAAGAGACCAUCUGCACGUCUGUCUUGAAAAGAUGGCUUCGCAAGUUGGGGCUCUCAUCUCGCGGCCUCUCCCUCUCUUCGCAGCUGCGACUGUACUCCGUGCUGCCAUGUUAUUAUACGGUCUAUGGCAAGACGCCAACUCGCCACUUAAGUACACAGAUAUCGACUACCUAGUCUUCACAGAUGCCGCACGUUUCACCUUUGCGUCUGCAUCUGCGUCGCCCUAUACUCGGGAGACUUACCGCUACACACCCCUGUUAGCCUGGCUCUUGUACCCGACUACAUGGCCUGGUACCUUCUGGUUCUCGUUCGGCAAGGUGCUAUUUGCUGCGGCUGAUAUUCUAGCUGGUUAUUUGAUUAUCCGUGUGCUGCGAGGACCGGCCGUGCGCAUGUCUGAAGAUCGUGCUUGUAGAUACGCGAGCAUAUGGCUGUUAAAUCCCAUGGUGGCUACUAUUAGCACAAGGGGCAGCUCCGAGGGACUUCUCGGGGUGUUAGUUAUGGCUCUGCUAUGGGCGGUGCUUGAGAAGAGAGUCACGCUCGCGGGCGUACUGCUGGGGCUCGGUGUCCAUUUCAAAAUAUAUCCCUUUAUUUAUGCGCCGGCCAUUGUAUGGUGGAUGGAUGCUCAGCAGAUGAGUAGGGGAACAGGCUCUCAGACUCGAGCAGGGAAGGAUGGCCAAAGUACUACCCAACCGACAACAUUAUUAGGCAAAUCCAUGGCAUUUAUCACACCUGAUCGCAUUUUUCUUGCACUUGUUAGCUUGACUACGUUCUUAGGCUUGAACUUUGUCAUGUACGCACUUUACGGGAUGCCAUUCCUCACCCACACGUUCCUACAUCAUAUCAGCCGGAUUGACCACCGUCACAACUUUAGUCCAUACAACAUCCUACUCUACCUUACCUCGGCGCACCCGAGCACUACCCUAGUCAAAGCCGAGUCGGUGGCAUUUUUACCGCAGCUGAUCUUGUCAACGGUUCUGAUUCCUAUAGCUGGGGCCAAGAAGGACCUGCCAACCACUAUGUUGGCGCAGACUUUCGCCUUUGUUACCUUUAACAAGGUCUGCACGAGCCAGUACUUUCUUUGGUAUAUGGUCUUCUUACCUUUAUACCUACCAAACUCUUCGUUCUUCCGUAACUCACGCCUUGGCCUAUUAGCCCUAGGUCUCUGGGUCGCAACUCAGGGUCUGUGGUUGCAGCAAGCCUACAACCUUGAGUUUCUCGGAAUGAGCACAUUUGUCCCUGGCCUCUGGACAUCGUCUCUAGCCUUUUUCUUGGUAAAUUGCUGGGUCUUGGGGAUCAUCAUUGGAGAUCUAGAUUGCAGUCCUGAACAUGAGAAGUGUAGUUAAUGUUGAUAAUGGUAAGCGACGAGGAAGUUGAUGAUGCAUGUAUACACAUUACUCUUUGUAUUGAUCUUGUUUUAGUAAUUGGAAAUGGAGGUGCAUUCGGAACCGGUAAUUUUUAUGCUUAAUUGGGUCUAGAGGAUACGCUAUCAUAUAAAAUUAUUAUAUAUAUAAUAAUACCUCGAGAGAGGAGAUUUAAUACUGGGUUGACUUAGACCACAUACGAGAAGAAGAAAAUAGAUCAACUCGUUAAAUCGACUGGUAUUUACUACUACUUGGGCAGAGAGACGGAGAAUGAGCGUAGGGUCUUAGGGUCACUCUUAGACGUUAUUUCAACUUUAAUAUCCU